CGCAGGACAAGAGGACUAGGAUUUCUAAGCAAUCACCAACACCUUUCUUCCCAAUGGCGGCUGAACUUACACCCUCGCAAUCAGUUGCGACGAAGUUGCACGCCAAGAAAGUAGACGAAGAAUCUCAGAAGGUUGACUCUUCUCAGCCUGACGGCAGUGGACCCGCCUCUGAUACACCUCGUGCUAAAGACGACCAUGGACUUGAAGAUAACUCUAUUAUUGCCCUGAUUAAAGAAAAGCUUGUGGUCCAGGACAAAUGGAUCACCCUCCCUCGCUUCCAGCGCGUCUUCUCCGUCUAUCAGAUCCUCCCCGGGCCUGAGGCUGCCGAAUUAUGCGGGAUUAAUGCAGGGAUGGCAUUCAUCCUGCCCGGGUUUGCUUUGAUGCUACUUGCUAGUUAUUUGUAUACCCUAGCUGGUUUUGAGAAUAAGUACUUCAAUGCUUCGUUUCGGGCUUUGCAGCCUAUCGUCGCGGCAAUGAUCUUAAGAGCGGCUCACAAGAUAGCUGACCACUCCGUGAGAAAGCAUGACACGAGAAAGGUGGAUCCUUUUCUCGUGAUUGCAGCCAUCUGCACGGCCAUCAACGGCGCACUUCGCAUAAAUAUUUUCAUCUUCCUCGGACUGUACGGCAUAAUCUACACUUUCAUCGCCCGGCGCCUCUGGAUCCCUGCGGCCGCCCUCUUCAUCCUUCAAUAUGUCGGUUACGCACUCUAUGUCGUCUUCCGCGGUGUGCCCUCAACCGUGUCGCUGGCCCUCGGUAUCGCUAAGACACCUUCAUUGAUCAACCUCUUCGUGCUAGGCCUUGUGGUCCGCACGCUCUCAUUCGGCGGCGCGUAUACAGCCAUCCCGUUUGUGCAGGUUGAGGGCGUCUUGAUGGGGGCAUGGCUCCCGCAGAGCGUGUUCAUCGACGGCAUUGCCAUUGUGGAUAUCUUGCCGGCACCGCUGGUUAUUUUUGCAACGUUUGUGGGUUUCCAGGGCGCAUACUUAGAUGGGUCGAUUGGCAACGCGUUUGCGGGGGCGAUUAUUAUCACUCUGGGAAUGUUCUUCCCCUGUUUCCUGUUUACCAUUGCGGGGCAUAAGUUGUUGGAAAAGUUGGUUCGAAACAAGUUCCUCGCUAGCUUCUUUGACGGCCUAUGCGGCUCGGUCAUUGGCGUCAUAGCAACCAUCGCGGCGCAGAUCUUUAAGGCCAGUAUCGUGGGCUCUCUGGAAAGGAUGAAGGAUAAGACAAUUGGUGAGUGA